UUUCGUUUAGUAAAAUAAAAUGGCGAGGAAAAAGGUUGGAUUAAGAAUUCGUCCGAAUUCAAUUGAAGAAAAUGAAUCAAUUUUACGUGAAUUGAGGACACAAUAUAAGGUGGACGACAGGAGCUCAAAGAAUCUAAAAGAACUUUUUACUACUAUCAAUAAGAAUAAUUCAUUGAAGGAUGUUAAAAACGACAAGAAUUUCGUCGCUUUCAAAAAUGCACAUGAGACACAGGAAAUGUACGGACCGAUCCCAGAAUGUCCACCUGGAACCUGGUGGGGAAUUCGAGUAGAUUGUUCGAGACAAGGAGUCCACAGGCCCUUCAACUUUGACAUUCACGAUGGUCCAUUUGGAGCAAUUUCGAUUUGUGCGCCCCAGUUAUCAGAGUCCAAGGACGUUGACUUGGGCGAUUUCUUAACACUAACUGGUCGAGAAUAUUUCGAAGGGAAUGCAGAAAAUGAAUCUCUCGUUUUGAACUAUCGAGACAGCGUGCCUGUACGUUUUGUGAGAAGCUACAGCCUCUCGAACCAAUACUCUCCAAGAACGGGAUACCGAUACGACGGUCUCUAUCUAGUUAUCGCGCACUGGAUUGGUGAAUCUAACAACUCCGUCAAGCAUCACAAAUUCGCCCUGAAACGUCUUGUCGAUCAAGAGCCUGCACCCUGGCAUCAAUCAGACGCAAAAUCUUCUUUUGAACCUCAAGUCGAACGUGCCAAGUGUUUACCAACGAGAUUAGCUUGUACUCUUCGCAAACGCACCCACAAGUUGAAACGUCAGUCAGUUUCCAGUACUGAAAGCGAAAAACAUAAUGGCGAAAAGUUUAGUCAACAACUGUGGGAAUCUUCUUCAGUUUCCCAUAAUGGAAGUGCCAUACUUACCAGGCAAGUUUUUAAGAAACCGAAUGCUUUGGAAACGACACCUCUCGAUUCACAGUCAUCAUGUGCUGAACCCAUUGUCCGAAAGUCGUAUUUCUACAAGAAAUUUGGUCAGUCGCAGUUGCAAAAAACAAAUAUCUCUGUUCGCACAGAUUUGUAUGAUUCGUUUCACAACGUUCAACAGGAAGCAAAAAGAUGUGCGCCGAUGAUUUUCUGCAGGAUCUACAAGCCUAACAAUUUAGCAAAAUCUUCCGAGGCUGAAACACCGAGUGAAGAGACAAGAACUUUAAACGAAGAGCCUCCAGCUGAUUGGUCGGAAAUCAACAAUUCCGUCCUUCAGAGGAAAAACAUCGAGGAUGAAAGAAUCACAAAGGCAGCCACGGAUUCUGAGGAAGAGACUGAAGUUCAGAGGCCAGCCUCGAUAUCUCGCGAGGCGAUUUGCCGAAUUGUUGGGUUGCCGGUUAGGAGCGAAACUGACAAUAUUGAAUUUGAUAGAAGGGACUCGGAAUCACCUGAUCAACAGGAGAAUGAUGGAUCUGAAAAAUGCAAAUCUUCAGCGAAUUCUACGUGUUCGGAUACCUCGAAUUCGUUGGACGCUUUGACUCCUGAUAAGAUUCUCAACUUGGUUGUAAAGGAGAAGCGUAAUCCGAUGGCCAAGUUGCUGAUAGGGAAUGUGAUAGGCUUGUCGAUCGAGGAAUCGAAGGUGAUAAGGGCCUACAAUGCUUUGAUCUCAAAGCAAAACAAAGUGAGCGAGAAUGUCGAUCGUCAGAACGAGAAUAGAGUAAAGACUGCAUCGAACUUUAAGAUGAUUUCAAAGCGAAUUCUGAGGCACAAUAAAAACGAUGAGAAUCGAAAAAAUUACUCCAAGUUGGCAAAGAGGAACAGAGGCUGCAAUGAUGCUGUUCAGAAGACUGGCGCUAAUCCACAGUUCAAUGAUGAUCCUGGCGGUGCAAUUGGAUAUUCAAGAUCAGUAAAGAGGAAGAAUGCCACUGAGAAUUCCAAGAGGAAGAAAUCACUUGGGUGUAAGAAGCAGAGAAGGGAGAUUGCGAAUCUUGUGAUUGAUGCUAAGGUGGGUCCUAUUAUUAGAGGACCCAGGAAUAGACGUCUUAGGUGUCAAAGUCAUAAACGGAUGGAGAAGGAUCAUGAUGGGUUUAUUGGAAAUUCCGCGUUUCCAAGGAGGAGAGGUAUGCUUAAUAAACAAGCGAAGCGAUCGGAAUUGUCAAAGAGGAGGAAACUGUUAAAGGGAGGAAUUACGAAGCCUCGGAAAUUGCAACAAGGAAACGUAAACUUAAAUCUGGCGAGAGGAAAGUUAAGCAAAACGCUCGAGGCUACGAGAAACUUCCAGGAGAUGCUGACUAGGAGUUCUGAUGUGCACAAAACCACCGUCGUUCAGACGGUAAAAAAGUCAAGGAUGGUAGACGCAACGGCCCAAUGUUCCCUCCUAAGUGAUCCGUCGAUGGAUUCCUGCCUGCAGGUCAAUGCUGAUCCUGUGCCAUCCGCCGAUCCUCUCUAUAGUAGUGAUCGCCUGUCAGAAGUAAAAGUAGAGGAGGUCGACCUGGACGAGAUCAAGUCCGAGGACGGUGCGGAAUUUUUCGAAGAGGAAUCCGUUGGGGGCCAAGAGUGCCUAAACACCCACGAGCGGUUAAGAAAUGAAAGUCUGGAGUCUGUAUAUAAUGUAUAUCCAUUGAUUCAACGAGAAUCAGCAUUCGUACCUGUAAAUUUGUCGAGUAGUUUAAAAAUUGCAAGGCUGCGUUCAAUUGGGUUUAGACCAAUUCAGAUGGAGGCAGACGAUGAUUUCGCUGACAAUAUUAGUAGGAUUAGCGACAGUCAAGAAAAUUCUGAUGCCCUCACAAGGAAGGAUGCUGACGAGGAAUUUAAUAAAUACACCAAUGAUGAAAGCAGCCUCGUUGGUUACAUGGACGAUGCUCUUCAUUACGAGGACAUCGAAAAUGAGGACAGAAGCGUCGUUAAAAAAAGGACAAAAGUUUUUAUAAAUAGAGUUGCUGCUCCUACAGAAUAUGCAGAAAUGAAUACUCCCUGUAGCAUUCGUUCCGUGGAUUCAAAUCACAGUAGCAUGCAAACUAGUGAAGAACACAUUGAUCCUCUGAGUCAAGGUUUAGAAGACAAUCAAGACAGACCCUGGCAUGGAUGGAGAAAAGUCCUCUCCGAAGAAGGAGAUGAGUGGAUUGGUUGGUGAAGCUGUGAUUUUCCUUUGAAUUGAACUUUCAGCCUAAAUUUUAUUUUUAUUUGGUGUCGUAAACUUCCACCUAUUUUAACGAUCGCCUUUUCGAAAUCCCCUAUAAAUGCUUAUUCGAAAUUGCGUAGUUCAGUCAGCCCGCGUCAGUGGCUGACCAAAUAAAAAAAGAGGCCUGAAGAGCGGGGAUCCCUCGUUGAUUUGAAUUAGGUAUUUUAGCAUGAAGAAUGCAGACAACUUUGUUGAGAAACUAUUCUAAACGUAAAAGUGAAUCAUAAAUAUUGGGAAUUGUUAAAAUGCGAUACGCUACCUGGUGACAAGAAUCCGAACUAUAGGUACGAUUUUAAAGAUGCAUUUUAAUUUGUGCAUAAAAGGGUUUUAACGAUUUUUUGUGGGGUUUAAAGUAUUUAUUGGAUGUAUAGUGAAAAAAACACAUGUUUUGACAGAAACUUUUUUCUAAAAAUAACACUUAUUUUACUAUUGAACGUGAUCUUCAACCGAUUAUAAUCUUCAAUGGACUUAUUUUGAAGCAAAAAUGAAUUUAAAGUAAAUUUUUAUUAAUUUAUACAUGAAAUAUUUACUAUUUAAAAAUCUGACCUCAAAUUUAGGUUAUAAUUCGUAUUUCAAUUCCAAGCGUCUAUUAUUCGCAUUCAUCACAUAAUCUGGAUAAAAUUUGGCGCUACAUACAUUAAUUAAAGUUUAUUUAAGCUUAGAGUGCAUUGAAACAUACACUUGAGGUAAGUAUGCCAGUUAUCGGAAGCUUAAGGCGAAUUUCAGAUUUCAAAUGCUUAAAACACUAUAUUAAACGUAUUUAAAGCUUAAGAAAUGGGUUUUAUCGAAUAAAUCGUACCUUUAGAAAGAUAAAUUACUUAUUAAUUGUAAUAUAUCCUAUUAGACUGAAUAUUAUAAGAAAUUUAAAGUUAUAAAUAUGAGAAUGCAUGGGUUAUCGGCAAGUCAGAAAUCUGACUGCUUCAGUUAUCGGCACUUCGUUGUGUGAGUGAUCGGCAAUAGCGUUUAGGAAAAAACAUUUUCGCUGAGAAUGAAGAACACAGCUUACUGUAUGUAAAGUACUGCCCAUCUGCCGACAACCCAUGCAUUGACGAAGACUGGCACAUUUACCUUAAAUGCAAAAAUUAAAAUACGUCUUUAAAAUUGAAUACUCUUUCCAGUUCCAGUUUUCGGCAUCAGGUGGCGAAAUAGUGUACCAUUAUUCCCAAUACGAAUAGUAAUCUUUUUCAAGUGUAAGAUGCUUUUUUUCUCAACCAUGCUCCACUAUUUUGUGGAUUGAUGACCUUUCAGUGUGAAGAAAUACAAUUAAAUAUCCGAAAUUUGAGGUGAGAGUACCCGAUCUGAUACACAAACCUGAAAUUUUGGAUAUUUCAUUUUAUUUCCUGACACUGAAAGAUCGUCAAUCGACAAAAUAAUGGAAAAUCGCUGAGAAUACACAUUCUACAUUUCAAUCCUCGGCUAAAAUAACGUUGUAUCAACACAUAUUUUGUUUCCAGGGACUUCUAUGUAUAUGAGGUUUUUUACUCGAGGUUAUUUACUUACAUUUAUUUCGCAUGUAUCUCAAUUAACCUCGUAAGUUUACAUAUCUAAAUUUAAUUUAGAAUUUUUGAAAGAUAAGAAUAGAAAAUUUCAUUAGCUUAAGAGUAUGGACAACAAAUUUCAAAUUGAAUUCGGCAAAGUUCAAUCAGUAAAAAUAAAAAGGCUAGAUCAUUUACAAAUUUGGCCUUACACAUAUUGUAAAAAAUACAAAUAUAAUUUCUCGUCUUUUCACUAAAAGAACAGAAAGAAAAACACUUAAUUAUUCGCGUAAUUGUAAUUUAAAGUUUUAUUUUUAUUUUAUUGUAAAAAUAAUUUAAACAGUAACUUUUAGUACAAUUUCUGAUAAUUAUCAUUCAUUAAUUUAUUUUAUUAUUUUUGAAUAUUAUAUUUGCUAUUACCGGUUCUGGACUUUUUACUCCAGGCUCUCUAGCCCUUUUAUCCUUUCCUACGUGUUAUUUUAAUGAAUUUAGUUUUGUUUUUUUAUCAGUUAAAAGAAAAACUGAUAUAAAUAGAACUAUUUUGACAUUCAUGGCCUUACCUUUACGUUUAGAAUAUUUUUUCUAAAAAAGCUUAGGCAUUCCCACGUCAGCAUGUACCAACUAUAAUAUACUUUUUGACAUUUCCACCUACCCUAGCAUGACGCACUUGAAAAAUAUCAAUAUUUAUAAUUUUAUAACUUACUUACUUUUACGUUUAAAAUAUUUUCUCCAAAAAGUUGUCUGCGCUCCUACACCAAGAAUUGUGCUAACCUUCCUGACAUUUCCACAUAUCCCAUCACGAUCGCGACGUCAUUCUAGAAAAGUCACUAUUCCGCGAAAUAUUUGAGUUGUUUUUUUGAUUAUAUUUGAUUGAUUUUCAGUUGUCAAAUUGUCGUACGUCAACAAAAACACUGGAAAAACAUUGGCAUGCAAAAUGCGCAAAAGUGCUAACGGGCCACUACUUUUCCAACUGCGCAAGUCAGGGCCGUCUGAACCGUUUCCAAUUGGAAUGCAUAAUAUUGUUCAAUUUCCGCAUGUGCGUGCCCGUGCAUUGCGCCUUUCCGCUACUCUGAGAAACUGCGUGCGCCAGCAGUUCUAGGAAUUACUACACCGCGAUAGUAUUUAUCGAUUUUAAAUCGACCCGCGCUUUUCGGUACAUGCGCAGUUGAAAAAGAUGCUUGCAGGGGGCAAAGCGAUGCAAGGCCGAAGCAGCUAAUAAAAGUCGUUUAACAAAAUAACCUGUAGAAGAGGUGGGAGCCCCUCCAGUCUUGAAAUAAUUGGUCGUGUAUGUUUCACGGUCGUUAGAAUGGGUGGAAGUUUACUGUAUUCAUUUUAUGUACUGUAAGGGGCCCUUCGAAAAUUAGGUAACACUACAAAAUAGCAUCACGCAAUUUUCGAAUGGCCCCCCACUGGGGGGUAUUUAAAGAGAGUAUUCACUUUGUACUUUGAAUGCUGGUCAUUCCCAAAGAUUUGUUUCUUUUCUAGAUUGUUUUGGAAACUUAUAUUUUGUAUUUUUUCGAGAGCCAGACAUUGGUACUGGUUUCGUGCUUGUAAAUAAAUCGGUGUAUUGACUCAUGUA